UAUAUUGCAUUUGCCGUGUGGUAUAUGGAUCGGGAUGUGGGUUCAUUUCACAAGUCGAACUUAUUAGAUCUUAUCGUCGUACUUUCACGAGCCUGCGUUGGGCGUAUUUGCAGCAGAAAGCAGCAGCAAGAUUAAUAUUAAGACCGACUCCCAUGGCUGAUCCAAAAAGGAUCGGUGUUCUAAACACCGGAGAAGCUGGUGAGAAGACUGAGAGCGCAGAUGGGGAGAAGAAGUACCUCGAUAAGGUAUUGGAUGAUCUAGUCAGCUUGAAUGGGUUGUUCACGGUGGCGGUGUUCAUGGGGCUGUCUUUCGCCGAGCCAGGUAUAGUCCACAGUCUGGAAGACCGCCCCGAGUGCGAUCCCGACAUUGAAAUCCGGAAGAGAAUGGUGCAAUUCGAGAUCGCGUCCUUCGGCUGCUUCCUCUUCUCUGGAUUUAUGGCGAAGACAGUGAAGAUCUUCUUCUACAUAUAUCAGAAGAACGACUGGGAGAAACCCGAAAAAAAUGGGCGGAUUCUAAUGCUGUUUUAUCUGUCGAUAUACGGGACGAUGUGUGGUUGUGUCUGCCUCCUGGUUGCAAUGGUGGACGUCAUCCAAGUUAAGCUCGGGAAGCUCGCCUGCAAGAGCACAAAUGCUUUCAUCACGGUUAUUAUUCUCUGUAUUCUGAUAAUAGCAGGUGUCGGGACAUAUUUUUCGGCUGUCACAUAUGGUGUUGGGAGAGAAGUAAACAACUGGCGACAGUCGCGUCAUGGCAGCAAAGCGAAACCAAUGGAUCAGGUGGCGGGGCGAAUAUAGAUAUGUAUGUACAUACUUACAAAGAGUCCAGCCUUCUUGUAUCAGUGUGUCUCAAGUUGGCUGCCGAUUUCAUUAGUUUGGACUAGAAAGGAUGUGGACCUACAUCUCAGUAAUAGCGUGCUUAAUCUUUGAUCAGAUAAGAUUGUACCGUACUGUCUGUCUUCUGAUCACUCUGGUGAUGUAUCAUUCUCUACAUAAAUAAUAUGUUUGGCUAUGGUCACAUAGAUUUUUAUAUA